AAGAAUUCGGCUCAACUUCCUUUUGUUGAGGGAAGCUCCAGAACUUCCAGCGCUUCAGGAGAGCCAGAGAAGAGCUGCAGGUCUCACAUGGAACCAGUUUUAUUCACAUUAAAGCUUUAUUAAUAAAUAAAAUCCUUCAACUUUCACCAUGUCUGACGGUACCGGACCGCCUCCGGGUGAGGACAAGAAUCUGGAGGUACCCGGUGCUGUGACGGUUUGCAAUCUAGAAAUCCAGGAAAAGAGCCACCAAGAAGAUGCUUUUAAUGAUGAGCACUUCUACUGCGAGAUCUGCCGUAAACAGUUCAUCGAUCAGUGCGACGUCCACGGCCCUCCGUCAUUCACCCCGGACACGCCCACGCCCCUGGGCGUCCCCCAGAGAGCCCUUCUUACGCUCCCUCAAGGCUUGGUCAUCGGUCGAUCCACGACUCCCGAGGCCGGUCUGGGGGUUUUCAACCAGGGCCAGGUUAUUCCUGUUGGAAUGCAUUUCGGACCUUUCGAUGGAGAGGUCAGCGGUCAGGAGAAGGCCGUGGAGAGCGCUCAUUCCUGGGUGGUGUGUCGAGGACGCGACCAGUGUGAUUACAUUGAUGCAGAGAGGGACACUCACUCAAACUGGAUGAGGUAUGUGGUCUGUUCUCAGAACGAGAACGACCAAAAUCUGGUGGCCAUCCAGCAGAGCGGGCGCGUUCUGUUCCGCUCCCGCCGCCCCAUCUAUCCCGGGCAGGAACUCCGAGUCUGGUACGGAGAAGAGUACGCCCGAGAUCUCAGCAGCACCUGGGAUAAGAUCUGGGAUAAGAAGUGUGCAUGUAUAGGAAGGAGCAAGGAGCCGGCCUCACAGGUGUGCCUCUGCCCCUACUGCCAGUACUCCUUUCCGACGGCUUAUUACCUGCACAGACACGUCAGGCGCUCCCACCCCACCGAGUACCCCAACCUCCUGGAAACCCAGAGCCUCGAACUCGACGAGCAGGCGCCGGCGGUGGACCCGGAUCAGUGCCUGCUAGCCUCCGACGCCCUGUCUCCAUCCCAAAUGCAGCCGGUCUCGAAAUCCACCGGCCUGGCGGAUAAAUCGGGUGAAAUCGACGGUUCAGAGGCCGGCGAGACGGACGAGACGAGGAACAAGUGCGGGGACUGCGGGAGGGCGUUCCUGCGCGCGUGCCACCUGAAGAGGCACCAGCGCACCAUCCACUCGAAGGAGAAGCCGUACUGCUGCAGCCGCUGCAGGAAAUGCUUCAGCCAGGCGACCGGGCUCAAGAGGCAUCAGCGGACCCACCACGAGGACGGGGAGAAAGAACCCGGCGAGACCCAGCCGACGGGAACCGGGGACGCCGCGUCGAACAUCUACCCCUGCACCGAGUGCUCGUUCUCCUUCGUCACCAAACUCAACCUGUACAAACAUCUGAAGAGGCACCACCACGGCGAGUACCUGAAGGUGGUGGAGAUGGACUCCUCCGAGAUGUCGCAGGCCGAGGACAAACACGACGCGCCUUAUGAACCCCCGACCAAGCAGCGCAGGUCUGCUCCGAACCCUGGCGCAGACGGGGGUCAGAACAAGAGAGCGUCCACCGGGCGUCCGCGAGGCAGGCCGCCCAAAAUAAAGAAGAAAAACGCCCAGAAAGAUCAGGACGGGCAGAGCAACGGUCCAGAGUCCGUCCAGGCUCCCGCCGACCCCCAGACUCCGGCCGUUCCACCAGAGGGCGACGCAGGAAGCGAGCAGCCCCAGGAGACCCCGCCCUCCUCUCACGUGUGCGGCGAGUGCUUGAGAACCUUCAGCCAGCUCCAUCUCCUGAAAAGCCACGAGUGCAUCCAGCAGGGCGACGGUCCUCACGGCUGCUCCCACUGCGAGCUCUACUUCAACCGCCUGUGUAACCUGCGGCGGCACGAGCGCACCAUCCAUGCCAAGGAGCGGCCCUACUGCUGCACCCUGUGCCUCAAGUCCUUCACCCAGUCGUCCGGCCUGAAGCGCCACCAGGAGAGCCACUCGCGCCGCAGGGCUCACCGGCAGAGCACGGCGCUGGCCAGCGCCACCAUCUACGCCUGCGCCCACUGCCCGUUCUCCUUCACGGCCGAGCGCUACCUGCACAAGCACAUCCGGCGCCACCACCCGGAGAUGAGCACCAAGUACCUGAGCUUCGCCGAGGGCGACGUGGCGCCCAAAGAGCACAGCUGCACCCAGUGCUCCAAGACUUUCCAGACCAUCCGCGGCUUCAAGAACCACGCCUGCUUCCGCCAGGGGGACCAGCUGUACCUGUGCCCCGACUGCGGCAAGGCCUUCAACUGGUUCAACAGCCUGAAGCAGCACCAGCGCAUUCACACGGGAGUGAAACCGUACGCCUGCGCGCAGUGCGAGAAGAGCUUCGUGCACUCGGGGCAGCUGAACGUGCACAUGCGCACGCACACCGGGGAGAAGCCCUUCCUGUGUGCCGAGUGCGGAGAGAGCUUCAGGCAGUCCGGCGACCUCCGGCGGCACGAGCAGAAGCACUCGGGCGUCCGGCCCUGGCAGUGCCCCGACUGCGGGAAGAGUUUCAGCCGGCCGCAGAGCCUCAGGGCGCACCAGCAGCUCCACAAGGGCACCAAACUGUUUCCGUGCACACAGUGCGGGAAAAGCUUCGCCCGCCGCUACCAUCUCACCCGGCACCACCAGAAGAUGCACUCCUGACCAGGUGGAACUCCUGACGUGAUGGAAUUCGCUUAGCAGACUUUGCGGUUUACGUUUGCAUGCCAGGGCGAUUGAUAACGAUGCCAUCUAUUACAGAAAUCAGCCGCGUUAAGAGAUUAGUUGCGGCCGGUCGUUCAGCAAUGCAUUUAAUGCAUGCACGUCUUUUAAAUCUGCAAAAUCUACAGAACCCCAGGCGCUCCCACCCUACAGUCUAUACAGAACCACAAAGCAAAUUGAAUUAAGCGUCAAGGGCGUCUGUUCCCGAAGCACGCUGGGGUCAAGCAAUUUUAAUAAAAAGCAAAUUCUAAAUGAACUGAUCCUGAUGGAUAUGACAACAUGCUUAUAAAAGUGUGGAUGAUGUCUUCAUAUCCCCAGUUUUGUCCUUUCCAGUUCCCCGUAGUGCCGCUUGCACCGUCCCGCUUUGGGCUGCAGUAGGGCCUCAAACUAGGGCCAGUUUCAGAGUGGCAGAGUGCAGGACAAACCCAGCACGACCUCUGCUAGCACAUUAGAGCGUCCACAUUAUUUAACGAAGGCUUAAAGCUCCAGAUCUCUGGAUUGGUCAUUUAUACACCGAUCAGCCAUAACAUUAAAACCACCUCCUUGUUUCUACACUCACUGUCCAUGUUAUCAGCUCCACUUACCAUAUAGAAGCACUUUGUUGCUCUACAAUUACUGACUGUAGUCCAUCUGUUUCUCUGCAUGCUUUUUUAACCUGCUUUCACCCUGUUCUUCAGUGGUCAGGACCCUCAGCACUGCAGUGACACUGACAUGGUGGUAUGAGGGAGUUUUUAAACACCGUGUCCACUCACUGUCCACUCUAUUAGACACUCCUACCUAGUCGGUCCACCUUGUAGAUGUAAAGUCAGAGACGAUCGCUCAUCUAUCGCUGCUGUUUGAGUCGCUCAUCUUCUAGACCUUCAUCAGUGGUCACAGGACGCUGCCCACGGGGCGCUGUCGGCUGGAUGUUUUUGGUCGGUGGACUAUUGUCAGUCCAGCAGUGACCGUGAGGUGUUUAAAAACUCCAGCAGCGCUGCUGUGUCUGAUCCACUCACACCAGCACAACACACACUAACACACCACAACCAUGUCAGUGUCACUGCUGAGGGUCCUGACCACUGAAGAACAGGGUGAAAGGAGGUAACAAAGCAUGUAGAGAAA